GCUGGGCCCCGCUCCCCGGCAGCGGCGGCCCUGCCACCGACCCCGCGUCCCCGCGGGCGGGAGCUCGUGAGCGCCGGGCGGCGGCGGCGGCGGCGGGCUGGAUGAGCGAACCCGGCGGCGGACGGCGGCUCUGGACUCCGGGCAGCGGCUCGCGCCGCGGACGAGCCCCACCGCGCUGGCCAUGGCCUCCAACUUUAACGACAUAGUCAAGCAGGGCUACGUGAAGAUCCGCAGCAGGAAGCUAGGGAUUUUUCGGCGAUGCUGGUUGGUUUUCAAGAAGGCUUCUAGCAAAGGACCCAGAAGGCUAGAAAAAUUUCCAGAUGAAAAGGCAGCUUACUUCAGGAACUUUCAUAAGGUAACUGAACUGCACAACAUCAAAAAUAUAACCAGACUGCCUCGAGAGACAAAGAAGCAUGCAGUGGCAAUUAUCUUUCAUGAUGAAACGUCUAAGACAUUUGCCUGUGAGUCAGAGCUGGAGGCGGAGGAGUGGUGCAAGCAUCUGUGCAUGGAGUGCCUGGGGACGCGGCUCAACGACAUCAGCCUCGGGGAGCCGGACCUGCUGGCAGCAGGGGUGCAGCGGGAACAGAAUGAACGAUUCAAUGUGUAUCUGAUGCCAACACCAAAUCUGGAUAUUUAUGGUGAAUGCACAAUGCAGAUCACUCAUGAGAAUAUCUAUCUCUGGGAUAUCCACAAUGCCAAGGUCAAAUUGGUGAUGUGGCCUCUUAGCUCGCUGAGAAGAUAUGGUCGAGACUCGACGUGGUUCACCUUUGAGUCAGGAAGAAUGUGUGACACGGGAGAAGGACUAUUCACGUUUCAAACACGGGAAGGAGAAAUGAUCUAUCAGAAGGUCCAUUCUGCGACACUGGCCAUAGCUGAGCAGCAUGAAAGAUUAAUGUUGGAAGUGGAGCAGAAGGCCCGGCUUCAGACAAGCCUGACUGAGCCCAUGACGUUAUCCAAGUCGAUCUCUCUUCCUCGUAGUGCGUACUGGCAUCACAUCACUCGUCAGAACAGUGUUGGGGAAAUCUACAGUUUGCAAGGCCAUGGGUUUGGCCCGGCAAAGAUGUCCCGGGCGCAGACGUUUCCCAGCUACUCCACGGAGCCCAGUGAAGAGGCUCAGCAGCCUUUGUCACGGUCCAGCAGCUAUGGAUUCAGCUACAGCUCAAGCCUCAUUCAAUGACACCCAGAGAGCCAGUGCUGACCAGAGACAGUCUGUCCUGGACCCGCCUGUAGGGUCGUUGCACCCUCUGCCUCCCGGAAGACCUAUUGCAGUACAAACUGACAUGGGUCGGAUCUAGCCCCAAUCCCAUUGGAAGGUUAAAAACUGGAGUUCUACUUCCUUGGUUCAGUGGCUAAGUCCUUUAUUUAUUGAAUUUCUUUGGGGGAAUCUAUGUUUUACAACAGUAGAAUCGAACAGUCAUUUAAAUAAACAAAAUUCUUUGGGUCUGAGAGUAGCGGGAGCCUUGGCUUGGGGAAAAGCUGCCCACCCUGGGUCAAGCCAGAGUGGUGGGUGCCCACUCGUGCCUCAUGGAUCAGUCCUCCAUGAGCACAGCCUCUGUCCUUAGACACAGUGGUACAUGCUCUGUGGCUUUUAAAGUUUUGACAGGGACAAACCCAGUAAAUACUACAAAUGGCAUCGUACUCUCCAUAUAAAUAAGCCCAGUGGCAAUUAAGGGGACGCACUAUUUAGCAGGGCCCUGUAGCUCUACUCUGUGUGUGUGUGUGUGUGUGUCUGUCUGUCUGUGUAGACAAAUAUAGAUAUGGAUACCACCAUAUCCAUCUAUAUAUAACAAGUAUAUAUUAAACGUGUGUUGAGGGUGACAGGACAUGCUCACUUAAGUUAUUGAAAACUGUAAUUUGGUACAUUAAAAUUAAGGUUGUUAUGUUGAAUAGCUAUUUUUAAAAUAGUGCUGUAAAAAAGGCUUCUUAUUAGCAAAUGUAUUCAUGUAGUUCAGUCUACUCCUAAGACAAUUGUAAGCAAAACUCAGAAGGCGAAUGUUGUGAAUGCAGAGGAGCCAGUCUAGCUGCCCCACCUGUCAUGUUGUUGGCUGUCCGUCCGGUCAGCAUUCUCUUGUUGCUGAUGUUCUUCCUCCAGCCAUCCCUCUGAGCUACGGAAGGAAGAUGCAGUGUGAUCACUGAUCAGCUUCCACUUAGCCUUCAGAAAAAGGAGACACUCCAAAUGAGAAACCGUUAACAAGGAAGUAAACGUAAACUUAGAAAAACGGCGCAGUUAUUCUGCAGUCAAGAGGAGAGUAGAUGAGCACAGGACUGUAGAUGUUUACAUUUAAAAUUUCAUAGAUGCCAUUCUCAGAGAGCCAUCAGGGGCCUGUAACUUCAUACUGGGCUUUAUUUUUUACUUUUACUGGACACAGGUUUUCUGGGAUUAUAAGAGAAAUUAUGAGUUUUUUUUCAUCCCUACACUAAGGAGAAAUCCAUAACAUUUCAAGGGAACUGAAGAACUGAGUGAAGUUUGGCUAAUUUAGGUCAACAUAAAUGUCUGCCUUUAAUUCUGAAAUUUACUCAAGUGAAUGUAAAUAUUAUUUUGCCUGAGUUGCUGGAUGCCGUGCACCCAACUGGUUCUCUCUUGAAUCCUCUCUGGUGGUUUAAACAACAGUGAGCCUGGCCCAUGAAAGCUUGAUUCUUUUCCUUACUAGGAAAAUUUUUUAAACUCUCAAAGUUAGUCUAUUGAAAGGGUACCUUUUGUGCUGAUCUUGGAUAAGAUUUUUUUUCAUCCCCAUCUAUAGCUUGAGUCCAGACUGACAAUUCAUUUCCCUGAAUGACUACUGGAUCAAAGUGGUUCCAGGUCCAUCCUUGGUAAAUGUGCACUUAGAGCAAGUACCUAGCCUCUUGGAACACUGAGAUAGGUAUGAAAACCCCAUCAAGACACUAAUCUUAAGAGUUAACGUGGCUACAAAAAAUAAUUAUCCUAAGCUUCCAGAGAUAAAAAGAAAAUUAUCCAAACUCUCUGUGCUGUGAAUUUCGCUGACAUAGCAGAGUAACUGGUGACUGAUUCCCUGCAACCUACAACCUUCCCUAGAAUCCAAGCUUUCAGGGUUACACACCCCUGAAUUUCUCUAGCACAUGGCAUUGGCCAUUGAAAUGCUGCUAGUCAAACACACCAGAGCAACUCCCAGCUGAGACCAUGUGAGCACAGUUCCUAUCGGGGCCCCCUCAGAGCAAGCCUCUCCGGCCCCUCAGCCGAGCUGUGGCUUCCACACCGUAAGUUUACACAGUGGACUUAUGGUGAUAGGCCCUCAAGGGCCCCACUUCACGUCUCUGCUUUAUUAAUGUGCGGAAAGCACAGACAGCGAGUCCAAGGGGGAUUCUGCUAAUUAGAUGAGUCUGCUCUUGUGUCUAUUUGUGGGAGACAAACAACUGCAGGAAGUUGCUUCAGGAACAUCAUGUGGUUCCUUCGUUACCAGGCAGCACAACGAAGGAGGCACCAAAGACCAGGCAUAACCUUGGGCCAGUUGUUCAUUCUGAAAAUAAUGUCAUAACCCUUUCUCAUUACAGUGAGAAUAAAGCUAUACAAUAUCUCAUGGUACAUUUUUGUAGCUUAAUUAUAGUAUACUCCUCCAAGCAUAUUUACAAUUGCAGCAAAAUCAAAGCUGCUAAACAAACAGGAGAAUUUGCAUUAAUCUAAUAUACUUGGCAUGGGCAGUGUUUAUUAUAAUAAGAAUUGCAAACAGAUAAAUCUUCUACAAAAACCAAAGAUGGAAAGUUACUGUACCCAUCACCUGGGACUUGGUAAGAUCAAUUCCACUGGAUCAACCAGAAUGGUCAAGGACGUGUGCUCAACCCACCUGAAUGUGUAGAAGAUGCCACUACCCUUUGCAAGUCAUGCCCCCUCCCCCAGAGUAUGUACUCUGUCUAUAAUAUUUGACACUUUUUCGUCGAGAAGGAGGGAUUGUUAUGAACCAAAGACAUCUUUUGGCUCCUUCUAAAAGUGACUCAUCUGGGGUUCUAUCCAGAUCUGUACAGAUGAAUGAAAAGAUUGAUGAUGAAGAAUCCAACAUAAAUAAUAAAGGCUCUUCUGACAACAGAGAAAGCCUGGAGAACGUACACAUCUCACAGAAAGAUUACAUGAAGGGAUUAAUUUUGUGUCCCUAAUUGUUUCUGAUAAUUAAUGUACACAUAACCAACACAUGACAUUGUGCUAAAAAUGCAAAAGUAAACAUGACCUAAUUGUUUACUAUUCUGGUGGGAGGAGCAAAAAGCAUAUCUUUCACUUGUUCAACAAACAAUAAGCACUGAGAACUAAUUUAUUUAUACAGGUUGCAAAUAUUAUGAAUCAAUAGAUUCUGGCAAACUGCCACAAUUUGAAUUUAAUGAAACAAAAGUAUACAUUUACUUGUAUAUUAGGGAAGAUGCUGUUUGAUAAAGCAUGUGAAAUAAAGUGAAAUACUUAUUAAAAUUAAGCCUCACCUUUUUCACCAGAUAAUAACUAGAGUACUAGUUCUAGUAUCUUGUAUAUUUCUUCUCUGUCUUCAUUGGGCAAUUAUGUUUUAAAAUCAUCUCUCUCCUAUAAAAUGGUCACCCACUAGUUCUUUCUGUCCCAUUUAGGAAGAGUAGCCUGCUAAAUAACUUUGCACUCUUAGUAGUAGCUUCUACAGAUCCAAUUUAUUGCAUGUAGUAUCUUUACAAUAGCUAUCAUACACAUCAUAAAAAUUAAUGUAAGCCCCUCAUUCUUUGGCCAAUAUCUCAGAAAACUGUUUACAAGAGCAUGAAGACCCUACUCCACAGAUUAUUUGAACCAUUUAUGAAAAUCAACCAUUACUGCCACAGUAAAAACAGGCUAAGGCAAUUAUAUUCUUAUAGAAAAAUUAUAGUCCACUUUUGGCUAUUACAACACAGCACAAUAAAUGGGCAAUGUACAUUCAGUAGGGCUGAGCACUGGGUCCUUGACACUUCAUGUUUUGUAAUGAAUAUUAUACUUAAAGUGUUCAAGGUGAAAAUUAAACAUUUAACCCAGUUCUAUUAACAUGUUUAUCAACACUUUGCAAUGUAAAAUUACUUAAUGGUACUUUAUAAUCUCCCAACCACAGCCUUCUCAAAAUGGGUACAGUUUUGUCACUGGGUAUGCAUUAAUAGUUAUAAUAUUAGACCACACACAUUAAUUUCUAGCCAACAAAUUUGUGAAGUAUGUAUUUGUUGGCUAUGAAAUUUUGGAGUGCAGAUUUCCUUGGAAAGGUGAAGAAGGAAGGUGGUGACCAGUCAGGUGGACUGCAAUUUAGAUAAAAUGAUGAAGAACCCAGUGAAAUGUCCAGAGUAACCAUGCUACUUGCUUGGGAUUCUAACCCUGAUUCUGCAUCACAGACUUGGCCUUCUUUACUCUUGUCACCUAGUCCUAAGUAUUUAAUUUGAAGAAGAUAUCAGUUGUGUCAUGGCUUGACAUAACCCCAAAAAGACGUUACCAAGAAAUAUGCUUCUUUUAGUUCAAUGAAAAAAAAAUUUAACACAAAGAGUAUGUACCAAAAUCUCCAUAGUAAAAUAUAUCCUCAGUAAUAUGAGAAUCAUUUUUGUAUGGCCAAUCUUAUUUGCGUUUCAUAGUGAAACUAUAUUACCAGUGACCUACACUGGGGUCGAAAUAAUCGAGAUCAACAACCUCACAUACGCAUUCUCUUUAGACAUAAUUUAAAGACUGACUACCUUGCUUUGGAGAACGACCACAAAUCCUUCCUCAUUUCUACAGUUAUCCCGACAGAGGAGGCUCUAGUCUGUAGUCUGUCAUGGGCAUAACUUGAGAUCUUGGGCACAUUUCUAGACAGGUGGAAUAUAGUUCUGAAUAUAAUAUUAAAUGUCAUGCACGAUAAAGGUCCUUCUUUAUGUGCUUCUCAUGGGAGGGGAAAGCUGAAAUCUAGGGAUGCUGUAAUUUGUUUAAAGGCAAAAAAACAGCCAGGAGUAGUUUCACCUAGUCCAGGCUCCUGACCCAGGGAUAUUUCUUUGGCUCCAUCUCAUCUCCCAGUUAAAUAUAGCAGGAAUUGAGAAACGCCACAUGGUUUUGGGAUAAAUAAGCCCUUGUACAUUUAAGUGCUUUAAAAGACUUUCAGAUUAUUCUUGCUCUUCCUAAAUUCAUCACCAACUCUGUCUAUAGAGAGGCUUAAUGGGGCUGUUCAUCAGCAUUGUUGUAGGUCAUGAACAAUUGGCAUACACUCUAUUACUCUUCUGUUGUCAGCCUGUUCUUUGUUAGAAUUUCAAAUCAGUAUAUUAUGGAGUAAUAGUCAGACAAAAACACUUAGAUGUUUGUGUUUUUCAGUCCUGAUAAUUCAUCAUAUUGGUGUCAUUGUUUAUGGCUUUGUCACAGUUUUGUUAGAUAAUUGCCACGGCUACUUUUUUUUACAUGUGAAUUUUGAAAGCUUCCAUUUUCAAUAGAAAUUUUGGAAUUUUUGCAUUGAAAUACCUUAUACGUCAAGGUUUUCCUUCUGAACCUCAUUAGACAAUUAUUUAAAUUAACUGGGUUUAGAUAAAUAGGUUAUAAUUACUAACUUACAAGAAAACCACAUUUUACUUGUAAUUUUCAGAUGCUUUUCCCUUAUUUUGAGAUUUUAACAUCUUGUAAAUAUUUGAAGGAAAGGAAAAUGCAUUUGUAGUAGAAGUAUACAUUUUUGUUUUGUUUUGUUUUGUUUUAACUUUUAUUUAAUGAAUAUAAAUUUCCAGAGUACGACUUAUGGAUUACAAUGGCUUCCCCCCCAUAACGUCCCUCCAACCCGCAACCCUCCCCUUUCCCACUCCCUCUCCCCUUCCAUUCACAUCAAGAUUCAUUUUCAAUUAUCUUAAUAUGCAGAAGAUCAGCUUAGUAUACAUUAAGUAAGGAUUUCAACAGUUUGCUCUGUUGAAGUAUACAUUUUAAUAAUUAUGUUUAAAUAGUAAGUUUUAUUUUAAUUUAUCUUCUAUGCUGCUUCCCUAAGUCCAUGUCCCACAUUCUAGUUGUCUGAAGAAUGAGCAACUUUAAAUUUUUAAAUUAUAAUUUGGGGCCAAUUUCAGUAGUUGAUUCAUUCACUUCCUCAGUAUUCCUUUAGGGUGAUUUUAGGCUUAGAGCACAAAAUUGACCCUUUCUGUAGCCACAGAAUCGCGCAUCCAAUGGAGCAAGUAUGUAUUCUGUAGUUGUGAAAACGUUGGGAUUUAAUUCCUACCUUAACUCACUCAGGAGACCUACAGUCUCAAAAGAGUCAUUGAUCAUUCGUCAUCUAAAAUAUAAAGACCCAAAUUCAGGCAAAGAAGAUUGAGAUGAUCUGCAAUUUUUUUAAGUUCCUGCAGGAUUACUGUAAAAGAAAGCACCUUAAGAGAGUUUUUAUGGUAGUUCCACAUUGUUGACUGUUCAACAGAGCAACUGAAAGGCAGUCAAACGGAAGAACAAAAUUGUGAUAGUAUCUUGGUAUAAAACAUCAAUCAGAAAUUAACAUAAUAUGGGUCAUUAUGAAAUAAUUUGACCAAUCAUAUCCACAUAUCAUAUUGCAUAGUUCAGGAAACAGUGUUUACUCCUGUCAUAAUAAACAUACGCACAUAGCAGUUGGCAGCGUGGAGGCAAUGGAGAGCUUCAUUUUGGCGAAGGUCUACAAUGGAGUAUAAUCCUCUCCAGUGAUAACUCUUUCGUUUCAGUUAAAGCAGAAAGUGCACAAAUGAUCCCAACAAAUCAGUCUAUUUCCUGACAGACGAGCCAAUACCAAUCCUUCCUGCAGGCAGCCGAGAACCUCAGUACUGCAAUGGCUCCCCGCUCCCUUUCACCCAGCCUUCUCCACACACACACACACACACACACACACACACAUUCAUUUUUGACCCACUCUGUGUGUUACACUGACGUUACCUUUUUUUUACACAGAAUUAUCCCACCUUGUAAAGCUCUCUCAUCCCUGUGACCCUCUAAACUAUAUUAAUUAUGUGCUAUGUUUGCUUCUUGUAAAUCUUUAUUUAAUUAAUUUAUAUAUACUUUGUGAAGUCUUAUACUGUACAUUAUAAAGGGAUGUAAUUUGUAGUUGAUCAAAUACAAUGUUUAUGAUUGUUUUGAUGAAAUUAAUUUUGGACAUUAGGCUCUUGUUAAGAAAUUGAACACCUAUUAUAAAUUUGCUUCUAUUGAAAAAUAUAUGAUCUGGCAUACUUUCCUUUUAGUUACAAUUUAUUCCAGAUAAAUAAAAACUUGGGGACAUCUGUACUUAAAUACUAGUUGAACUACUUUUUGGAAUAAAAUGCAAAGGAAUAGCUGUCUCUGGAACUGAAAUGUGAAUUUCUGGCAGAACAAAAUAUUGCAACAAUGAGGCAAUAAUAAAAUUAGGAAAUUAAAUUA